GAGGCCCGGUGCGCAGGCCUCCGGGUCCUGGCGGGCGCUGAGCCCCGCUGUCCCCGUACCGCGGGCGUAGCAGCCGAGGUGUUUUGGUUGGUUGCGUCCCGCCCCCUCCGGUGAUCCCGCCCAGCCCCUCUCUGCCGUGGCCCGUCGGGUCCUGAAUGGGGUGUUCUCUGGCAGUUCACCGGAGUCGUUUUACUUCGUCCUUGACUAGGCAGUGUGCGUCUUGUAUUUUGGUGGCUGAAUAUUUUUACUUGUCGGCGACUUUUUCCUUCCCGUCCGCAAAUGAUCCUAUCCCAGAGCGCUGUUGCUUAAACAGAAUCAGAUGUGCGUGGCUUUUAAAAGAUGAAGAAACUGUAUGAGUCAGCAGGUUGCAGAACCUCUUAUCAGUGCCAUUUCUGUCAUGAUGGUGGGGACGUUGGGGGGGCGGGGAUACGACUAGUUUCCCCACCCAGUACAGCAAUAACUUUAAAGUGACAAUAUUUUAGGACAUAAGCGGCUAUCCUAGAAUACGUUUAAAAUUGCCAUUUUCAUUUCCAAGAACAGUUGUAUUCUGGGGCCGAAUUCCUGAUUGUCAAAAAUAUAUUUCAGGGUGUCAAGGUGAAGGAAAUGUGAAGAAUGUUUUAAAAAUGUGAGGAUUUUUAUAAAAGUAUAUUAGACUGAAUUAUAAAGCUUAUGUUUUAGUGAAGCAGUCAGUUGUACCAAAUUCCAUAUAGCUAUUUUGUGAAAUUCGGUAUGCAUAUCAGAUGAAUCUCCAGUAUAAAGACCUCGCUUCAUAGUUUUUGCUAAUAGUUCUAUUUUCUAUCUUGUUUUGUAUUUCUCCAUCUAAUUUUAAAAUCUUGUUAGCAAUGGCCCUCUUCGUUAAUGAUGUCAGAUUAAUGAAAGACCAGCUUCACUAGUUUAUAUUAAUACAUCCAGACUUUCACAUGCAGAAUUGAUACAGGAACAGUCUGUACUUGGAGUUGUUUUUCUUAGUCAGUAAAGACAGGAUUUGUUGCUUCAUUUGAGGAACCUACGCUUGUACAAAGGUCAGAGCUAGACUUGUUUCAUCUCAGUUCCCACUCACUCCCAAUCUCUUGUAUUUUAUUCUGUUUAGUAUCCUUUGCUUUUAAAAGGAUACUUUCUUUCAAUGCUUUCUGGUUUGCUUGAGUGCUUUUCUUACUGUUACUAACUUUGGGUAACACUCAAAGCUCUAUCCACAUUGUUCUCAAAACAAGUUUUACUUUUUGAACCAAAGUCAUACUAAUAAGCUCAUGGUUAUCUUGAAAUGUCAAGGAAAAUACAAGGUGUAUUUAUUUGUAGCUGAGCAUUUAAAAAAAAAAAAAAAAGGAGCCUAUUUUUGUUAGGUCCUGUGCAUCCAAAUACUGUAGGCCAUCCUUGGGUAACCACUUGGCCUUAAGGGUUCAGUUGUUAUUGUGCUGACUAUAUCAUACAUAAAUGCAGUCUCUGUAUUUCUAUUUCAGUGUCCUGUCAUUACUGCAUUCUGUAAAUGCAAAAGAAAAUCCAGUUUAUGUAAACUGUCCCCUUUCCAGGUCUUUCUUUCAUACUGACAAGUGGCAUUUUCCCUCUGUGUCUGACUUGAAAACUUAAAAGAGUUUUCUUGACAUCUUCUUCUCAUCCCAUUUAUGCUUGUCACCAAGUCCUGUUUUUUUACAUUUAUUUUUAUCUUUAAUAUGUGUAUGUGUCGGUAGUUAAUGCAGACAUGAGUGCAAGUGCCUGCAGAAACCAAAAGAAGGUGUCGGAUCUCCCGGGACAUGCAGACAGUUGUGAGCUGGCUGCUGUAAGCAGCGUAAUACGGGUUCUGGGAACCAAGCUCCAGUCCCUGGAAGAAGAGCACACGCUCUUAACCACUAAACCAUCUCCAGCCCCAUCUCUUUCUCUUGUAAUUUUCUUCUUCUCUUUUCAAAAUGUAAUUCUCAGUAGAUCCCACUCCUGCAUUCUUGCACUGUUAUUGUAUUCAGACCCUCAUUGCCUUGUUGGCUGCAUUAUUGCAAUUUUAAAUGACAUACUCUGCAUGUUCAUUCUGUCCGUAACUGGGACGACACCUAGCAUUUCCCUCAGUCUCUCAAUGUCUGUUAAAAUUCCACUCCUUUCCCUAGCAUAGAACUUAGUCUCCCUUUCUGCUUACACACCUCUAGUCCUUCUAGCUCUUUCCCCAGUUUACAGCACUCUUCACCUUUUCAUUCUUUUUCCUACUUUUGCCGUAACUUUUGUUGUGGUUGACUUUCCUCUCAAAACAUUUUCAGUGCAUUUUCUAAUGCUGGCAUUUGUUUAGUAGAAGUAAAGCUUGUUGCUCAUUUCUCUGUUAAGUAGUUGUUGCUUGAUGGUGGUGGUUUCUGAUAGCUAUAAUUAGAAUCUCUCAUUUUGUUUGCAAAAUUAUUUUUCUGUAAUGUUUUCCAUUUUGGGGGCUUUAUAUUCUGUGUAUUGAUGCCAAAUUGAUAGGUAUAUAAUGUCUCAGGGAUUGGUUCUUUCCACUAUGAGUUUCUGGGAUUGAAUUGUCUAGUUUGCAUGGCAAGUACUUUUACCAGGUGAGCAAGAUCACUGGCCCUAAAUGAUUGUGUCUUUUUGGAAGGAACCAAUGUAGACUGUAUCAGCAUAGUCUAGACUUGGAUUGCUUUCUCUUCUGCCUCAGUCUUGGACUGAUCUAGUGAAUCAUCUAUGCUUUCAACCAGCUUAUUCUAUCACCAAAAUGUUGCUUACUUUUUCUUCUGCCUAGAAUAUUUUAUCAAGAUUUUCACAAGACUUCAUUUCCUCAGUUCUCUCAGAGCCACUAAAAUGCUGAAGUAUCAGUUCUUCUGACUGUCCCAUCUAAUUAGUAUUCUUUGUACCCUUCCUUUUCUACUUUAAUUCAUGACACUAUUAGGAGUACAAAUAAUUAAUAUAUAUCUUUUUGCUAAUAUUGUUCUUGAUUCACAAGACUGCCUGAUAUUGAGUAAGGUCAUCCUCUUGCUGUUAAGUUCCCUUUUUUAUCCCAUGCAAAGGUGUUUCCCUUAAAUCUAAUAUCGAAGGCUUUUAUUUUUAUUUUUCACUAUUUAGGAUAUCAUCAUUCCCAAACUUCUCUCAAUCCUUAUCAGUACAUUAUAGGUAUGUUUCAGAACUAGUAUGUAGCCAGGAGUAUUAAUUUUUAACAUUUCAGAAUUCUAUACUCUUUAUUAAUUAAUUUUUCUUUUUGCCUCUAGUAUUUUUAUUCUCCUGUUAUCUUUGGAUAUUUAGCCUUAAUUUUGUGCUACUUCUAAAGCUGGUUGCACAUUUUCCUAUUGGCUGUAUGUGCAGAUCUCUCUAGGUGAUAGUUCAUUCCAUGGCAUGUUUUGUAAUCUUUCUGAGUUAAUGUUCAGUGGUGGUUGCCCAUUGCCCAACAUUAGACAAUGACAUUGCCUUGGAGUUUUAGUUGUCUCUUCUGGAAUUCCACAUAAUUAACUAACUCAGACCAGUCUUCAUUUGCAUAGAACACUAGUGCUAUGUGGUAAUAAGACGUAGAUGCUGAUCUUCAGCGCAGCUUUUGUUCAUGCUGGUUUAUGUAGAUGAAACCCCAGGCUUUCUGCAUGCUAGGUACGACCAUGAAUUACGGAAUUUCUUAAAUGAAGCAUUCAGAAGUGGAAUGAGAGAAUGUCACAUAGAAAAUAAAGAUUUUUAAGUUAUGUCUAUUAAUUUAACUCUAGAUAUAUAUAUUUACUUCCUUAAUAAUGCAAGAAGUUUUUGUGGGAAACAGAGAAGCAAACAGUUGAAUUUCUUGUGUUCUAAACAGUAUUGGCGCAUGAACCAUGUCAAUGUACACAGAGAGUUUCACACAAGUAAGAAAAGCUGUAAAUGGAACAGAAGUGAAGCACAUUGCAGCAAACACUGGCACUCUUCAAGCAACCAUGGUGUACAUAUUGGAAUUGUGAAACUUAGCACUUCUGCUCCCAAGGGACUUACAAAAGUGAGCAUUCAUAUGUCCCGUAUUAAAAGUACUUUGAAUUCUGUUUCAAAGGCUAUUUUUGGCAGUCAAAAUGAAAUGGUUUCACGGUUAGCUCAGUUUAAGCCAAGUUCUCGAAUAUUCAGAAAAGUAUCAGAUAGGGGAUGGUUAAAACAUAAAAAUGUUAAGCAAGCCAUUGAAUCUCUGAAAAACUAUAGUGAUAAAUCAGCAGAAAAGAAUUCUUUUGCAGAACAGAAAAGUUACUUUGCAGAUAAAGAAGAAGGUUCAGAUAAACACAGCCUUUACCAUUACGCAUACAGAAUUACCACCAGAUUUGGAGAGUCAUUCUACUUUUUAGCAAAUCAUAUUAAUUCAUACUUCAAAAACAAGGAAAAAAUGUCUCAAAUAAAGGAAGAUAGACAGCUUCAGGACAAACCAUGCCUUGAAGAAAGUAAAUCCAUUUCUCCUAGCCCUGACAUCUUGACAGACAGGCCAGACUCGGGACCUCCCCUAAAUGUUGAAGACAAACUUUCCAGUUCUACCCAGCUGCCUGAGGCUCUCCCAGUAUCUACAAAACAAAGUAUUGCUAACUUCCUUUCUCGUCCCACUGAAGGCGUACAAGCCUUAGUUGGUGGUUACAUUGGUGGACUUGUACCCAAAUUAAAGUCUGAUCCCAAGAGUCAACCUGAAGAAGAAGAAGAGCCUUCUAAAACUGAUGAGCCUAUCUGCAAAGACAAAAAAGCAGAGGAGAAAAAGCGUGUGUUACUUCAGCGAGAAAAGAUUAUUGCAAGAGUGAGUAUUGAUAACAGAACUCGAGCCUUAGUUCAGGCCUUAAGAAGAACAACCGACCCAAAGCUCUGUAUUACUAGGGUUGAAGAACUGACUUUUCAUCUUCUAGAAUUUCCUGAAGGAAAAGGAGUGGCUGUCAAGGAAAAAAUUAUCCCAUAUUUAUUACGGCUGAGACAAAUUAAAGAUGAAACUCUUCAGGCUGCAGUUAGAGAAAUUUUGGCCUUAAUUGGUUAUGUAGAUCCAGUGAAAGGCAGAGGAAUCCGAAUCCUCGCGAUUGAUGGUGGAGGAACAAGAGGUGUGGUUGCUCUUCAGACUCUGCGAAAGUUGGUUGAACUUACUCAGAAGCCGAUUCAUCAGCUCUUUGAUUACAUCUGCGGUGUAAGCACAGGGGCCAUAUUAGCAUUCAUGCUGGGAUUGUUUCACAUGCCGCUGGAUGAAUGUGAGGAACUCUAUCGAAAGUUGGGCUCAGAUGUGUUCACUCAGAAUGUCAUUGUCGGGACCGUCAAAAUGAGUUGGAGCCAUGCAUUUUAUGAUAGUCACACGUGGGAAAAGAUCCUUAAGGAUAAAGUUGGAUCUGCACUAAUGAUUGAAACAGCAAGAGACCCCUUAUGUCCUAAGGUAGCUGCUGUAAGUACCAUAGUAAACAGAGGACAAACACCAAAAGCUUUUGUGUUCAGAAACUAUGGACAUUUUCCUGGCACCAACUCUCACUAUCUAGGAGGCUGUCAGUAUAAAAUGUGGCAGGCCAUCAGAGCCUCAUCAGCUGCUCCAGGCUACUUUGCAGAAUAUGCGCUGGGGAAUGAUCUUCAUCAGGAUGGAGGUUUGCUUCUGAAUAACCCUUCAGCCUUGGCCCUGCACGAAUGUAAAUGUAUCUGGCCAGAUACCCCACUAGAGUGUAUAGUAUCCCUGGGCACAGGACGAUAUGAGAGUGAUGUGAGGAAUACCACAACAUACACGAGCCUGAAGACCAAGCUCUCCAAUGUCAUCAGCAGUGCUACAGAUACAGAGGAAGUCCACAUAAUGCUUGAUGGUCUAUUACCUGCUGACACGUAUUUUAGGUUUAAUCCUGUGAUCUGUGAAAACAUACCCCUAGAUGAAAGCCGCAAUGAGAAGCUGGACCAGCUUCAGCUGGAAGGGAUGAAGUAUCUAGAAAGAAAUGAUGAAAAGAUGAAAAAACUUGCAAAAAUAUUAAGUCGAGAAAAAACAACUCUUCAGAAGAUUAGUGAUUGGAUAAAAUUAAAAAGUGAUAUGUAUGAAGGCCUUCCAUUUUUUUCAAAAUUGUGAGUAGGGUAUACAUGUGUUCCUCAAGGCCAUCAAAAGAUCCAUAAGUUUAUAGAGGAGCAGUGUGAUUCACAUGAAUUUUGUGUAGGACACUUAGUGAAAUCCGGGAAUCCUUGAAUCAGAUAAUGCUUUGAGUAGCUCGAACCUCACAGAAGAUAUGAUUGGUAACAAAAGUUAUAUGGGAAUUAGGUAUUUAAGAUGUUCAUAACCUUUAGACGUUUUAUUACUAUGCUAUUUGGUUUUAGUAUCUAUUAGUCUUAAAUUGUUUGCUGUUUCAAAAUGUACUAAUAUAUGUGCCAAACAAGCAAUGGGGAAUGUUACACUUUAUGCUUUCUUUUUUGUCAUUUCAAUCAUGUGGAACUUGUGUGACUGUUGAUUUUCUUUCAUGUCAAAAGGUGAUUUCUCUUUACAUUUACACCGUUAGCAUUUCCCUACGUGCACCCACAAUCCAUGUGUUACCUUUCACUGUAAUAAUCAUGGAAAGAGAGAUAGGAAAUGGGAUUUUCUCUGUUUAAAGUACAUUUAUGUUUGAAAUAUGAAAAAACUGGACACAAUUUUCUAUUCAAAAUGAUUGAUGGAUUUCCAGUGAACUUUUUCUUGAAAUUUCAAGAUAAGGUUGUUCACUUUUGUAGAUCAAAUGGUAUCAUAUCAUUUACUGUUAUAGAAUUAAUUAAUUGAUUUUACUGAGAAAAUAUUCUUAUCAUUAGCAAAAAUAAAUUAUUGAAGUGACCACUUGUUCAAUGCUAAUGCCAUUUUAAAGGUUUUUUUUUUAAUUGCUAAUAAUGAUUGCCUGGUUUCUUGUAACAUUUAUGAGGAAAUGUUAGCCUAGUUAGAUUUACAGAAGUUAAGCAUGGCACCAUAGGCCAAAUAUAUUAAUCUUCACUGUACAAUUGCCCUUGUAAAUCUUUACAUUUAAUUGAAAUUUUUUAUGAAAAAUGAAACCAGGGUGUGUAUCUUUUGCUUAAUACACAAAAACUAACAGUGCUGCCUGUGUUGUCAUAGUGUUUGCAGUGCUGGGUCACCAGAGCAAUGAGAUGGGUGAGAGCCCUGGAGUGGUUGAGAAUGUGGGUAUUAGUGGGCUGAAUAGUCAGCCUCUGGGCAUGAUCUUGAAGACAGCGGACAGCUUAUAAGGUUCAGCUCUUUCAUUUGAAAAAGGAGGAAAGGUAAUUGUCAAAUUUUGUGACUUCUCAUUUAUUUUUUAAGAACAAGAUAAAUAAGCUUCCAGUUAUUUCAGAAGAUAAUUUAAACACUCCUUUUUAGCCUUUAAAUACAAAUAAACUUUUAUGCAACUAGACUGACUUACUAGUAUAAGAAAAAAUAGAAAGGUCAGUCUUUAUGAUCUCAGAGCUUUUUGCAAAAGCAAAUUGUCUCGGUGUUCAGGAGGCAGAGGAAACAUCUCUCCAGUUCUAGGCUAUUCUGGUGUAUAUAGCGAGUUCCAGUACAGUCAGAGAACUACAUAGUAGAGGAACUGUAUUUCAAACAAUCAAAAAACCAAACAGUCAACAAUUACACUUGUAGCAUAUACUACUUCUAUGUUUGUGAAAGACAAAAGUGGUUGACAAUAAUCCAGAAGUCCAUCCUGUUAUCUGAGAAGAAAGGACAGGCAUAGUAUAUCAUCCCAUUGAAUGCUUAUUAGGUGUGGUCCUAGCUACGUGCGGAAGAAAGGAGGGAGGGGAAAAAAGGCCAUAUCUUGACAAACUAAAAUAUUUAGAAAAAUGAAAAAGUGAUCAAAUAUUCUACGUCAAGAUCUAUAGCUUUGACUUUGAUCUAUAAUACCUUGCUAAGCAGGGGCUUUAUCUUUUUCUGUUGUUCUAUUGAAUUAUUCCUGAGAAAAGUAUUUUAGGGUAACAGUCAUCUUGUGUUUGUGUUGAUCAUUUGACCACUCUGAAGAAUUCUUAAUAGUCACUCAAGUUGAAAAAGUAAAAACUAAUGAAGUUUACACCUCCCUCUGUUUUUUAGAUCAGGCUUAACAUGCUUGAUUCUUCUAUAAUGUUAAUAAAAUUGUGUCAUUUAGAACUAA